AUGUCCGAACAACCAAAGGAAGAAAAGUCCGACACCCACAUCAACUUGAAGGUCAGCGACGGCUCCGCCGAGAUCUUCUUCAAAAUCAAAAAGACCACGCCCAUGAAGCGGUUGAUGGAGGCCUUCUGCAAGCGUCAAGGUAAGUCUAUGGAUUCGUUGCGUUUUUUGAUUGACGGCACGCGGUUGUCGCCAGAUAACACUCCCGAGGACUUGGACUUGGAGGACGGUGACGUUAUUGAGGCUCACAGAGAGCAGGUUGGCGGCUGUAUGUAG